UGUGGAAAUUUCUAACGUGUAACACCUUCUGUAUGUAUUUACGUUAUUUGAAAUAUUUGUUUUUAUCUUCUAGUACAUUUCAGGUUUAAAACAUGUAUAUAUUUGAGCGUUUUUGCGUGAAAUCGUACCAUAAAUUGAAAUAAAAAUUUGAAAUUUACGCCGUGAAAAACACGCUUUAGCCAUUCACGUAAACAUAGAGAUUUUGCGACGAGUAUUUUGGACUUCGGACGCAGUAUGUAGUCGGAAAUGGAGACUUUAUUAAUAGAUACUUUCUAUCUCCAUGCUACGUGAAAAGUUGGACGGAUACGUCCCGCUGAGCUUUUUUACCGCCAUUGACAAAAAGUUAGAAGAUACCAACAGUUCAAUGGACGUAGUGGUCCUAGAUAAAAGGGGAAUGCUAGACACAGUGCGCAGGCACUCCUUACUCCUUAUUGCGGACGGAUGUCGGUCACGCGGAUUUACAUUAUAACCUGUCUCUUCUUCCAAUAUGGAGACUUGUAUGCAGUUCUCGACUAUGAACACGCUAUAUUGAUAUUUUCAUUGUUUGACACGGGAAGACGACCAAAGGAAGCUACCAAAAUGCCGAAAACGAUGAAUGUCAGGGUGACGACAAUGGACGCUGAACUGGAGUUCGCGAUCCAGCAGACGACUACCGGGAAGCAACUCUUUGACCAAGUUGUGAAAACGAUCGGGUUGCGUGAGGUGUGGUUUUUCGGACUCCAGUAUACCGACAAUAAGGGCGAUCUGACGUGGAUAAAAUUGUAUAAAAAGGUGAUGAACCAGGAAGUCAAGAAAGAGACUCCCCUGCAAUUCAAAUUUCGCGCCAAGUUUUAUCCCGAAGACGUUGCCGAGGAAUUGAUUCAAGAUAUCACGUUGCGUCUCUUUUAUCUUCAGGUGAAGAACGCUAUUCUGACGGAUGAAAUCUACUGUCCUCCAGAAACAUCUGUAUUGUUAGCGUCUUACGCAGUCCAAGCGAAACAUGGAGAUUUUCAAAAAGGUACACAUACUGCUGGCUUUUUAAUAAAUGACCGCUUGUUACCGCAACGAGUCGUGGAUCAACAUAAAAUGAGCAAGGAGGAAUGGGAAAGUUCCAUCACUAAUUGGUGGCAAGAACAUCGUGGCAUGUUACGUGAAGAUGCUAUGAUGGAAUACCUAAAAAUCGCGCAGGAUUUGGAGAUGUACGGAGUGAAUUACUUCGAAAUUCGUAAUAAAAAAGGUACAGACCUGUGGCUCGGUGUUGAUGCUUUGGGUUUGAACAUCUACGAAAAAGAUGACAAAUUGACACCAAAAAUUGGUUUUCCAUGGUCUGAGAUAAGAAAUAUCUCAUUUAACGAGAAGAAAUUUAUAAUUAAACCAAUUGAUAAGAAGGCACCCGAUUUCGUCUUUUUUGCAACUAGGGUUAAGAUCAAUAAACGAAUUUUAGCACUGUGUAUGGGCAAUCACGAACUCUACAUGCGUAGACGUAAACCAGAUACAAUUGAUGUACAGCAAAUGAAGGCGCAAGCAAGGGAAGAGAAAAUUGCAAAACAACAACAGAGAGAAAAGUUACAGUUAGAAAUAGCUGCAAGAGAACGUGCUGAGAGAAAACAACAAGAAUAUGAAGAACGACUUCGAAAUAUGGCAGAAGAAAUGGACAGGCGGCAAGCUGAAUUAAACGAAGCUCAAGAAAUGAUCCGACGUUUAGAAGAACAUCUUAGACAGUUACAAGCUGCGAAGGAGGAAUUAGAGGAUCGUCAGAAAGAACUUACGGCUAUGAUGGAAAAACUUGAACUUUCACAUGAGAUGGAAGCAGCUGAGCGUGCUAAACUUGAGCAAGAAAUACGAGCUAAGCAAGAAGAAAUACAACGUAUACAAUCUGAGGUAGUGGCAAAGGAUGCCGAAGCAAGGAGGCUAGAAGAAGUAUUUGAAGCUGCUAAAUUAAGGCAGGAAGAAGCCGAUCGAGCAUAUCAAGCUAGUACAACACCGCAUCAUCAUCAUGUUGAAGAAAAUGAAGAAGGUGAAGAGGAAGGAGAAGACGAAGUUUCUCAUGGUGAUGUUACUAAAGAUCUUGCAACCGAUGAAUCGAUAAUUGAUCCUGUUGAGGAGCGACGUACCUUGGCAGAAAGAAACGAACGCCUUCAUGAUCAACUUAAGGCAUUGAAACAAGAUCUUGCACAGUCACGCGACGAGUCAAAAGAAACUGUUAUGGAUAAAAUCCAUAGGGAAAACGUCAAACAAGGUCGCGAUAAAUACAAAACGCUUCGUGAAAUUCGUAAAGGCAAUACUAAACGUCGUGUUGAUCAAUUUGAGAACAUGUAAAUUAUAUAUGCAUUUGCCUAUUUGCCUGCCCAUUUCACCCUGCCUUUGAAUUCUCUUUCAAUAUCGUGUACACAUGGAACACUCAGUAAUCACGUCUUUUACAUAUGUAUAUGAGAAGCGUACACAGGUUCUCUGAUUGAUCUAUACAAAGACAAUUUGUAAAACUUCAAAUAUAUUAUUUUAUAAUAUUUUUUUGGAGAUGUUUCGAGGUAUAAGUCGCUCCCAAUUUCUAGCGAUCUAAAGUUUAUGAUAUGUAUUACUAUUUUUCAAAGUCGAUUCUAUACUCUGAGUACAGUUAAUUCAAGACAAAAGAAAAUAAAAAGCUCACAAUUGGCAAGGAACGCGACGAGCGACCAACUUGCGCCGUCUUCCAUGUAUGCUUCCACGUUGAUCACUGUUAAACAGUUUUUCGUAAAGCAAAAUGUUUAUAUAUUUUUUCAUAAUAAGUAUAGAUUUUCUUGCUGUUUUAGCUAUAAAAUAUUUAACGUUAAUUCAUACUAACUUUGUUAUUUUAGCUAUAUUAUUAGCUAAUGUUGUUUUUUUCUAACGAUAUCUCUUUUUGCUAAAAUAUCAAGAAAAUGUGUUACAUAAUUUGUGAAUACUGUUUUAUUUUUUGUCCAAGCAUUAUACACAAGAUUUUGAGUGCCGGCGCAUCAGUAUUUUUUUUCCAAGUAUUACUGUCGGUCACUAAGCGUAACGCCACAUAUGUGACUUCUUUUCACUGAUUACUUUCUUGUCGCGGUUCUUAUCAUGUUGCGUCUUAUCCGUCCUUGAUAAGGAUUUGCCCGAGAAAUACAUUGUAUUUUUAUUUGCGUCAUCACUUAUUUUUGCUGAUGAAUUAAGAUUACUUUUGUCAAUAGCGGUCGCUAUACACUGAUGUAUACAUAUCGGUUCCAGUUUUAUUCCGAUGUAUCAUUUUGCUAUUUACAGUAACAAAUAUAAUCCGAGUAGAUGAAUUAAUAUUUUAAAACAGUGUGGAAGAGUCACCAUUAUUUUUUAGUGAGUUAUAAGUAAUCUCUAAAUAUUAACCUGAAAUAGGUUUGUAAUGUACAAGCGACCGCUUAAUUUAUGUAACACGAAAUCAACGAUAUCCGUCUUCAUAAUAAAUAUAGACAUGUAAGCACGUCAUAUAAACUUUGCAAAAUUAUACAUACUAUUUUAGUACGAACGAAUUUCAACUACUGUUUAGUAAUUUUAUAUUGAACACACUCGUGGCCUUUAUUGAUAUACGUAUAUUGAAAUACUAGAUAUUAAUAAUCAGUAAUAUAAUAUAUACAAAUGUAGGAAUAUCGCGCGUCUCUUUGUAUUGCAUACCUUCAACAUAAGGUAAUUGCGCGGUUCCUAUAAAAAGGAUAGUUAUCAAGAUUCUUGAAGAGUAUGAAAGAGUGAAUGUGAGCGAGAGUGUUAUAAUAAAAAAUAAUACGUACGAAAGGUUGGAUGAUAGGAGAACUAUAACAUGUGGCUGUCUGGUACACCACAUAGAAAUUUUAAAACAAUUCUCUUUUUAAAGAAAAUUAUAUGGUGCGACAAUGAAAUUUAAUUAAACUGUAAUGAGGGAAAAUAUAGCCUAUAAAUGCUGCCAAUUUUUUGACGGAAUGCAAACAAAGAGCGAUGUUGUGAAGUGACACACUUUUUGCAAUAACGAAGUAGGAAAUAUGAUGGGAAAGUUUAAAAACUGAUCAUUGUAUCGGAAUUCAUACUUUUGUGCAUUAUCAUCAUUACAUGUUGCAGUAAACACGAAAGGAAAAGUACAGGAAAAAUAACAAUAGAUAUUUUUUGAUAAUAUUUAAUACUACAAUUUACAAAUUAGUAGUGUUAUAUUAUUAUUAUUAUUAUUAUUAUUAUUAUUGUAUUAUUAUAUUAUAUUAUAAAUAUUAUUAAUAUUUACAAUCUAGUAGCGUUAUUAUUAUUGAAACAAUAUUAAAUGAAAAUUGAAGCAAAGGAUUUUAUAGUCGUCGUGUAUUUGUACUCUCAAAACAAGUCGAAUGUACAUGGCAAUAACUACAUACAUAUUUUGUACAAUGUAACGCUCUAAAGUUCAAAGACAGACAAAUACCAUUUUCAUAAUAACUCGUCUGGAUAUUUUUGUCGUUAAACGUUUGGUGAGAAAGCUACUCUUGAAACAUUCCAAAAAACAUUUGUAAAAUGAUUUUAUUUACGUUGGGGUUUUUCGUUUUCUUGAAAGAUUUAUAAAACUAUUGGAUUGCAAAACAAAAAUUUUUUCUAUAUACAUACAUAUGUCUGUAAUGUACUUAAAUACAACUAUGUAUAUUUAAAACUACAGUAUUUUGUUUAUUGUGUUUAUUGACAUGAAAAGUCCACGAAUAACCCUAACGUGGAUCAUUAAAUGAUUUUCAUAUUCCUUAUGAAGGUAAUGAAUAUAAAAUCAUCUUUAAUGUAUUUCCGCAUAUUAUUACUUAAUAUGUAAAUUGCUAUAUCAAAUAUUUGAACUGACAUAAAAUUUAAUGACAUCAUUUUACAUAUGUAAAUAUUAUUAUAUACUUUCAUGAGGUUAUGGAAAAUUAAUUUAACGAUGCAUAUCAUGUUAAAAUUUUCAUGGUGUUAUAAUUUUUCUUUUCGACAUGUCCAAGCGAGUAAAAACAUGGUAGAAGAAUAUGCAUUUCUAGUUAUUAACAAAUUUUUAUAACUUCCAAUGCUUGAUGGUAUUUCCUAAAUUUUCAACAAUGUUCAAAAUGCGAAUGUUCCAUUUUUAUAUUGAGAAAAAAUCUUUGUAACAGUAUUAUUGAUUAAUUGAAACAAUAUACAUAAAACAUAUAAGAUAUGACCACAAGGACGCAUAGACAUUGUAUUUUAUUUGGAAAAAUAUUUGUUGGUGUGAGGAUAUAUGAAAAUCACUUGUACUUUGCUGAAAAAGUUAAAUAUUGUUUAAAUAAAAGAAUCAUAUCAUA